CAAGACCGUAGCUGAACGUGCUCAAACCUCGCCUCUUCUUGGGCACAUCCGCAUCGUGCCAAGAUGGGCAUUGAGCAGAUUCAGAUCUUCAAAGCAUGUAGUUGCUUUUGUUGUUGCUUUUGGGCAAUCUUUGCCAUCAUAGCCGUCAUACUCUCCCUGAAGUCAAUGGAGCAGGGGAGAUAUGCUGUUCAUUUGAUUUGGCUUUCGCAAAGCAUUCUGGAUGAGCCUGUGACGCAGGCUGGCCUAAGGUUCAUCGGCUUGGGCAACGCGCUCUUGGAAUAUCCGUCCACCUUCCAGACCAUGUACUUCACGACCACCACACAAGGAGUGCAGGCCACGUCACAAAGCGCCUUUCCGCCGAUCGUGAAGCCACCCAUCCGGGCGCGCUCCAAAGACGGCUUGGAGAUGUAUGUCACCAUCAGCUUUCAAUGGAAGCUGGAGCCGCAGGCCUUGAAGCCGUUGUACUACCUCCUGGGAGAGGACGGGUAUGAUGACGCCUUUGUGCGCUUCGCGCGCGCCGCCCUCAUCAACACCUGCUCAUAUUUCCCAGCGGACAUGUACUUCACAAAUCGCACUAUCAUCACUGCCAAAAUGUUGGAGGAUUUGGAGAACAACUUUCAAAAGCCUGAGAAGGGGCUCCAGACCACCAUCAAAGGCCUGCAACUCCAAGAUGUCGACUUGCCGGACGAGUUCGAUGUUGAGAUCGCCAACACACAAACACAGCUUCAGGAGCUGGAGGUUGCCUUCGCAGAGCGCGUGGAGAGGGAAGUGGCCAUGCAGACAGAGCUCCUGGUCUCUACGCAGCAGGUUCUGAAGCGCUUGGAAACACAGCGGGGAGAGGCCCGGGGCUAUUUGGAGCUGAACCAAGCACAGG